AUGGAUAAAUUGUAUAGUUUUAAGGCUAAGACAUAAGUUGGUCACAUUAAAUAAGUCAUUAAUUAAGAAUAGAAACUAUAAUUUUAUAGUGAAGAAGAAGGUGAAAGUACUAACUCUUAGGAUAAUACACCAAAAACAAUUGUAAAAACAAAAGUGAAAUCACCAAUUUAAUAAAAUGGAUAUUAGACAGAUGAUUCAGAUUCUGGAACACCAAAAAACCAAAAACCAAGAAGUAAAUAACCAUAAGGUAGCUUUAUUUUGUAUUUAAUUAGCUACUAAAAUGUCAAGAUUUAGCAAUUUAGUAAAUACUAAAAAAAUUGAUGGAGAUGUUGAGAUUGAACCUGAAUUCAGUGAUAAUGAAAAAAAGUAAUAGCCUGUUUAAAUAUAAUAAUAAGAAGGAAAUUAUAAUAUUGAAGAAUAAGCUUAAAGAAUUUAAUAAAAACUAAAUCAACAACCAUAAAACCCAAAGUUAAAUAAAACUAAGUAUUAGAUUAACUAUAUAAUAGACAAGCUGUCUCGAUGUAAAAUUUAAAUGCUAAUUCUGAUAAUGAGUAAAGUAAGAAGAAUUCAUAAAAUAAUGGAAAAGAUAAAUUAGGCAAUCAUCCUUUCAGACAUUUAAUCUUUGGUCCAAAUAUUAAUGAAUAAACAUUCAAAAAACAUUUAAUUCUAACUCAACGAGGUUUAAUUUAUGCAAGAAAAUGUUUGAAAGGCCCUUCUGAUAAAUUUAUAUAAUCUAAGAAGGUUUAACUAUCUGAAGCUUAUCCAAAGAAAGAUCGAGCUCUAAUACUAGAUUUAGAUGAAACCUUGAUUCAUUCAUGCACUCAAAGAGAAAAUCCUUAAGUUUAUGUUACUGCUGUUGGAGAUUUUGGUGAAGAAGCCAAAGUAAAUUAAUUGAAUAAUUUAGAUUGGGAUUAAUAUUCGACCUUAUACUUCGCUGUUUCUUUAAUAACUAUCUCAAUAUUAUACAAUAUAUAUUUACACUGCUUCAUCUUAAGCAUAUGCUCAAGCUAUUAUUAAUUAUUUAGAUCCAACUAAAUAGUAUAUAUCAGGAAUUAUGACAAGAAAUAAUUGUAUGGAAACCAAAAAUGGAUUCUUUAUUAAAGAUCUUAGAUUAAUAAGUAAUAAAGAAUUAAAGGAUAUGCUUAUUGUAGAUAAUUUAGCUCAUUCUUUUGGAUUCUAAAUAGAAAACGGUAUUCCUAUACUUGAAUGGCAUAAUGAUUAAAAUGACCAAGAAUUAAAAUAUUUAAUAGAUUAUUUGAUAGAAGCAAUUCAUUUUCCAGAUCUUAGAGAAUAUAACGUAAAAAAAUUAAGACUAGAUGAUUUAAUAGAAUUUCAUAUUGAAGAAUGA